AUGUACCAACUAGGCGAAAUGGUCGAGUCUCGUGUUCACGCCCGCACCCGCGUUGCACCCGCAUCGCACCCGCAGUCACGCCCGAGAAAAUUGUCCGGAGAGAAUCAAGCUAAAGCGGGACAAGCCAAGCACGGAGAGAGAAAAGGACGAAUGAAAACAAGAAUUGGGCGCGACGUCACUGGGUCGGAGAGGCGCUGCGGCGAAGAGUGGAGCCUCGAACUCUUUAGCAUUGUGGAUGGGGAUGAGGAUGGCCCAUGUCUCUGCGGACCAGAGAGCUGGGUUCCCGAACAACCGCCCUGA